AUGGAUGCCCACGGGAGUAUUAUCCCCGCUGCCCUGCUGCUCUGCCUUUUAUUGCUGGAUAUCCCAUGCUUCCAGCAGGCAUCCAUCCCCUCCAGCCUGCAGAGCAGGGCAGCAAUAAGGCAGCCUAGAGAGGGCAAGGUGCCACCCAUAGAUAGCCAGGAGCCAGGCCGGGCAGUGCCCGUGGUACCCCAUGAAUACAUGAUGUCUAUAUACAGGACUUUUUCUAUGGCUGAGAAACUUGGGAUCAAUGCCAGCUUGUUCCAGUCAUCUAAGUCUGCCAACACUAUUACCAGCUUCGUGGACAGGCGUCGAGACGAUCUCUCUCACUCCUUUAGAAGACAGAAGUAUUUGUUUGAUGUAUCGACUCUGUCAGACAAAGAAGAACUGGUUGGAGCUGAAUUAAGGAUUUUUAGGAAAGCUCCUAUGGAGUUGGCCAAAGCCCCUUCGGGGUUGUACCACCUGCAGCUCUCCUCAUGCACAUCCCAGGCCCCGCUGGAUUCCAGAACUCUGGACCUGCAGGACACAGUCACAACAGGCUGGGAAGUGUUUGAUGUGUGGAAAAGUCUGCAGAGCCUCAAUAAACCAAGAAAACAGUUAUGCUUCGAGCUUAAAGCGACCUCAGCUAUAUCUGGAAUGGAAGUCAACCUAAAAAGUUUAGGCUUGGCCAGGAAACCAAGGUCCCAGCAGGAGAAAGCACUAUUAGUAGUGUUUACCAAGUCUAGAAGAAAGAAUCUCUACAAUGAGUUGAAGGAACAGGCUCAUUCUUCAAAAGGUUUGGAGAAAGAAGCAAGGUUUCAGUUUAAAGCUAGGAGAAGAAGGAGAACGACUUUUAACAGUCGCCAUGGUAAAAGGCAUGGGAGGAAAUCUAGGGUAAGGUGCAGCAAAAAGCCACUUCACGUAAACUUUAAGGAAUUGGGGUGGGAUGAUUGGAUUAUAGCCCCACUUGAGUAUGAGGCAUAUCACUGUGAAGGAGUGUGUGAUUUUCCUCUGAGAUCCCAUUUAGAGCCCACCAACCAUGCAAUUAUCCAAACGUUAAUGAACUCUAUGGAUCCAGGGUCUACACCUCCAAGCUGUUGUGUGCCUACAAAAUUGACUCCUAUAAGCAUUUUGUAUAUUGAUGCAGGUAAUAACGUAGUCUACAAACAAUAUGAAGACAUGGUUGUUGAAUCAUGUGGGUGCAGGUAGCAUCAGAUUUGUGUGAUUUACCAAUCAGGUAGCAUGGAGUAUCUGGAACUUAAAGACACGUGUGGGCUGGUCCAGUUUGAAGGUAUGGAAUAUGGAAACUUCACCCAGUAAAUGAAAAGCGGGUUUCACGUGUUUGGUAAGGCCAUAAUGCCUAUGGGUUCGUUAUACAGUUCAGCAAAUGACACUUAGGAUAUCUUGCUUGCACCUUGUUGGCCACGGUCUUUUGAUAUACUUUACAAGAAAAUCGGAUCACUGUCUUUAUAAAGUAUAACGUGUAAAUCCCACAUGAGAGUUCAAACGAAAAUAUCAAGGAAAAUAGGUAGGGGCGCUGUCAUCAGAGAUCCACUAAACAAAUGGUGGCAUUUCAGCUGAAUCUCCAAAUAAAAUAGGAUACUGUAGGUGCACUGCCAAUGUCAAAGCACUGGGACUAAGAGAACAUCCAGAACCUAAUGUCUUAUUACAGCCCUGCAGUGAAAAUAGAAUGGGGGAUCAGCUACAGAAUAAAUCAAUGCACACUACUGGGGAGCAGGGGGUGGGUGGGUGAUGGUUGCACUUUCUAAUCCCUCUCCUCCCCCUCCCCAAAGUCUUCAAAUCUGAUGAAACCAGCGCCAUCAGUAUAGAGUGGCUGGAGUCACGUCUGGGAUAGAAAAGGAUUAUGUUGCUGCUUUCUCUGUUGAUUUUUGGAGUGUACACAAGAUGCAGUGACAGGCACCUGUUCAAACUGAGUCCAUUUAAGAUUACAGGAAAGCAAUAGUGUGUCCCUUUCACGGGCUGGCAUGCGGAGAGUAAUGGAAGCAGUUAACAGAGAAAGAGAAAAAAAAAAAAACCAAUAACGUUUUUUUCUCUUAUGCCCAUUACUUUUCCUUUUUCACAUAGAGUUAUCUGAUGAUCUACAUUGCUUUAAAUGGGAAGGCAAUUAACUAAACACAAUGACAAGCACCUGAAAAGGGAGAAAAAAUGUGGACAAGGCAGUAAAAAAAAGAAAAGUACCAUAUAAAUAAAAAAGAGAGAAAUAACUGCAAGAACUUUUGAGGAAUGAAUACAAGGAAGAGUAAAUAACAAUUGUAUCAAGCAUUGAAAAAGAGUUUCCUUUUGUAAUCUCUCUCACAUUCCUCUGAGUACCAGUAAGGAAGAUAUGAGCAGGGUAAUAAUUAUCACUAAAUUUAAAAAAAAAAAAAUUAAAAAAAUGUUUCAACUUCUAACACAGCAGCCUAUAAAUAGCCAUAGAAUGACAUAUUUCUAUCUCUCUGUCAUUCUAGUACCAGUGUUGUUCCUGUCAUUGUGCACUAGAAGUAUGUGCAAAUAUUUUUUGAUAAAAUCCCUUUCAGUACUGUGGAUAUUGCAAUACAUGCUAAAUAAGUGCACUUCUAAGUAAGCACAUCUUUGUAUUAUUCAUAACUGUGUGCAAAAUGAAUGACUCAUACCCAGUUUCACAAAGCUAUCAACUGGUGAGAAUGAUAUAAAAAAAAACAAUUUAGGCCUAACUAACAACAAGCAAUAAUUUAAAAUGCACAUAUGCUAAUGAUUCAGCAUUGUUCAUUAAAAAAUGGUUGUAAAUAUUUGUUUAUUUAAAAAAAAGACUUUUAAGGCAAGUUAACACUUGCAUUUUCUUUAUUGUACAAAACAUAAUAUGCACUCAAAAUGUUAUUUGUAAUAUUUCUAAAAGUUUAUAUUUGAGUUGUACAGGGCUAAGCAUUAACCAUAUGUUUCAUAACUUAGUGUGUUAUGUGUUCUUAAAUAUUAUUACAAAAAUCCUGUGUUAAUACUGGUUUCAAGUGUAACUGUCUACCUCAAUGUAAUUCAAGUAUCUACAACUCGAAAGGUUUCAGAGGUAAAUUAAUACUCAAACAAUUUUACAAUACAGUUUACUGGAUAAUACUCUUCUAAAUAAUACCAUAUCAUUAAAGUUUUUUUAAAUAUUUA